AUGCGUCCCACCACCAUCCGUCGCUUCUCUUCCGCUGCGUUGAAGAAAACGCCUCUGUAUGAUUUCCAUGUAUCACUUGGUGGAAAGAUGGUGCCAUUUGCAGGCUACUCGAUGCCUGUGCAAUACAAAGCAGGUGUAUUACAGUCGCAUCUGCACACGCGUGAACAUGGCAAAGCGUCGCUCUUUGAUGUCUCGCACAUGGGUCAACUGCGCAUCACAGGCAAAGACCGUGUGCGAUUUCUCGAAACUGUCGUAGUUGGCGACUUGGAGGCAUUAAAGAUUGGAGAAGCGAAGCUCAGUCUUAUAACAAACGAUCAGGGUGGUAUCAUCGAUGAUUGUGUGAUCUCGCGCUAUGAUGACCAUCUCUACGUUGUCGUAAAUGCCGGAAACCAAGACAUUGAUCUGAUUCACAUGCAUAAACUUCUCAACGAUUUUAAAGGCGAAGCAGCUAUCGAACGAAUUGACGAUCGUGCACUUAUAGCUUUACAAGGUCCUGGUGCUGUGGAUGUGGUACAGACGCUAAAUGCCAAUGUGAACCUUCAGGAUCUGGAAUUCAUGCAUGGAGUAUAUACACCGGUGAAACUAUCAAAUGGUAAGCAGUUGGACGUCAUUUUAACGCGAUGUGGCUACACGGGUGAAGAUGGAUUUGAAAUCUCGGUUAAGAGUCAGGACGCAGAGACAUUUGCUCGCGCACUGAUUGCGGAUGAGCGUGUCCUGGAGGCGGGACUUGGAGCUCGAGACAGUUUACGGCUUGAGGCUGGAUUGUGUCUUCACGGUCAUGAUAUUACCGAUCAAAUUACACCGAUUGAGGCAACACUCGCGUGGACGAUUAGUAAACGACGUCGAGAGGAAGGUGGAUUUCCUGGCCAUAGCAUCAUUAUGGAUCAACUGAAGAAUAAGACAGCAAGAAAGAAACGCAUUGGAUUUGUAGUAGAAGGAGCAGCAGCACGCGAAGGCGCUGAACUCUUUGAUGAUCAUGACAAUGUUGUGGGACACGUGACUAGCGGAACGUUUAGUCCGACACUGAAGAAAGCGAUUGGCAUGGCGUAUGUUGACAAAGCGGUUAGCAAACUGGGUACGGAAUUGCAGGUUAAAGCGCGCAAGAAAGCACAGCAGGCGGUGAUUACUAAGAUGCCGUUCGUACAAGCCAAUUACUACAAGAAGGAGUAA